GUAUUGAUGUGGAGCAGGCCAGAAGAGAAGAAGAGAGAGUAAUGCUUCGGGACGCCAUGGCCAUGGUGGGAGGAACCGGCGCUCUAAUUUCGCAUCCAAACACGCAGGCCACAGCGCUGCAUGUAUCUGCUGCUAAAGGAUACAUUGAGGUGUUAAAGGUACUGCUGCAGUGUACGGUGGACGUGGACAGUCGGGACAGCGACGGCUGGACCGCGCUUCACGCGGCGGCUCACUGGGGUCAGGAAGAGGCCUGUAAUCUGCUCGUCGAACACAUGUGUGACAUGAGCGCGCUUAAUAACGUGGGCCAAACUCCAUUUGACGUAGCCGAUGAGAACCUCAUUGAUAUCUUGGAGGAACUUCAGAAGAAGCAGAACGCUAUGCGUUCAGAGAAACAGAAGAUCCAGACGCCCGUCAUCGAGACCAGCCCACCUGUUUCUUCGGCACCUGCUCGACCUCGCAGGACAUCAAUCUCUCGUAUGAGCAGCAAAGAAAAAAUUACUCUUCACGAGAGAGAGAAGCACGCCCUGCCCACGCUCCAAACUCCGCCCACCGAAGAGGAGGAAGAGGAUACGACGCACACGGUGCACGCACCCAAAGCCUCUAGCAGCUCCAGUUCAGAGGAAGAGAGCGAAUCAGAGAGUGACGCUGAGUCAGAGAAAGCAAAAACGCGAGAAAGGAUCAACAACCUGAACAACAAACUCAACAAUUCUGCUUCCGUUGUGAGCGGUAUGGUGACCAGUACUGUCGGAAACCAGGCUAAAAAGGGUGAACCCGUUCGGACGUCAUCGACGGAGGCUCCGGUUUCCUGGAGAACGUCUUUGCGUAAAGCAGACAGCUCUGUAACACUGGGCUCUUCUGGGGCCUCCGACUCAACCAGUGAGGCCCUCAAGGGCCCAGAAUCUAAACUGGGCAUGACACGCUCAGCAUCUAGUCCUAAACUAAGUUCAGAGUCUGAUAAUAAGGAGCCAAGGCUGGCCCGCGUGCAACCAACUCCGUCCAGACGCUUGUUCAGCAUUUCGGACACCACCACCAAUACGGACAACCCCAGCAGCUGGUUGAGCCGGAGCUCUUCGUACACACGCCGAACGAACAGCCAACCUGGGAACGACGUGUCAGGUCUGUUAUCUCGCAGCUCAUCUUAUGGAAGGAAGCUUGAUGACCCUUCAAUGAACUCUUUAACCACGGGAAUCUCGGGAUUCAGUCGCCAAAGCUAUCUGAGACCAGCUCAAGAAGAUGCAGAUAAGAAGGAACCUGUUUCUGUGACAACCUCCAACUCUGUCACCUCGACAUCCACAAUCGGAGAUUCAGAUGCCAAACAGAGACGCAGAUCUUAUCUGACUCCCGUGCGUGAUGAGGAGGCUGAGGCUCAGAGAAGAGCUCGAUCCAGACAUGUCCGCCAGUCCAGACGCUCCACACAGGGUGUAACUCUCACAGACCUGCAGGAAGCAGAGAAGACAAUAAAGACGGAAAACAGGGGCACAGAGAAGAAAGACGACGAAGAGAAAGAAGCGAAGCAAAAGAAAGCAGAUGAAGGGGAGGUAAGCUGGCGCUCUCGUAUCGCUAACCUGCAGAAGUCGGAUUUGUUGGGACUCACGCACCCACCAGGUGCGCCACGUCCUGAUAAACAGGAUGCGGACACCACUGUCGGAGACAGCGAGGAGUUGACGAGAGAGCGCAGGAGGGCUCGGAGGAGAGCGAGAACCGGCGAGGGCGAUGAUAAUGACCCGGGUGUAGAGGAUGAAAGUAGCGGUGGGCGGGACCCACAGUGUGAAUUGUUUUCUGUCUCUCUCACGCAGACAGACAGGCAUGUGAGCAGCAGUUCUGAUUCGGUCUUGAAUGAUUACAUUCACACGAGAGGAUCAGAUUCCAGGGACUUCAAAAAGAUGUUCGAAGAGGUUUCCAGGGAAAACCGUCGUCUGCAGACGCAGCUAUCGGACAUGCAGAGAACCAUUUCACUGACACGAAUGGAGUUGGAAAAGGCCACCCAGAGGCAGGAGAGAUUCACAGAAAUGGAAAAGAAGGAGAGAAAAAGGUUAGAGAGGCGUGCUGCCGAGUUGGAAGAGGAGUUCAAGGAUUUUGGGGACUUGAAAGCGGACAACCAGAGGCUAAAGGACGAGAACGGAGCUUUGAUUCGAGUCAUAAGCAAACUCUCCAAAUAGAGACUGGAGAAGAGCGAGAGAAAUGGCCCAACCCUCCCCCAACAUCCUUCCGAGGAAGGCAAGAAAGGAGGGGUGAACGUCAGACACGAAGAACUUCCAGAGAAGAAUGUCACUGUUUUAUGUGGACCGUUCGGAUGGGUCACACUUUGACUCGACUUGAUCUUUUACCUUUCUGCUAUACGAGACUCGUGUGUGCGUGUUUUGAACUUCAUGCUUGUUUUCAGGAGACCAACGAUGAGACAAAGCUUCAACUUUCUGUUUUCCUUUCACAUACACACACACACACACACACACACACUUGUGUAAGGACGCAUGCAUGCACCAUGCACAUUUUCAUAAGCGUGACCACACACACUCGACACACAUUCCAUGUCUUGGGCAGUAUUUUUUUGUUUUGUUGCAUCUUUGCACGCUACGUCUGCACAACACGCAAACACACAAUUGAGAGGUUUUACCCAUAAAAUUCACCUGGAGGUGGUCUGAAUAUUAAGGUGUCACCUGAGUUAUUGACUCCAGAUUUAUUGACCAAUACAACAAAGGCGACAGUCGGUGCAAACUCCUGUGCAUGUCGGAAAAAACACAUUUUUUUGGCAUCUUUUCCCACUUUGCGCACUUAUGACGAGCAAUGCGGAAAUUUCUAUUUUCGUAUUUUAUACUGUUGUGUGAAUCCAUCCUUGCUACCGUUGUCUUCGUAAGCGUGGAUGGCUUUUGUUUAUUGUGUAAAUGUACAAAUAUUAUUCGUUUGAAAUCAUAAACGCCAUAAACUGUAACAUGAUAUCAGUUUUAUUUUCUUCACGUGUUGUUUUUCUAAUAUAUUGAAUGAAUGUUGGCACUUAAUAAAAGAUGUGUAUUUGUA